UGCAGCUGGAAUGCUGUGUGGGAACUCCAUCAAACCCUGCGAACAACAGGAUUCUGGGUCACAGCCUCCGGUUCCUCGAUGCGGCUCUGACCCAAGUUAUGGCCAUCUUUGGAAUUUUUCAUUCUUGGCAUUCAACUCUAGAGUGUUUUCUUGGGAGGAAAGGAGAACAAUGCAUUGACCAGCUGUGAUAUUUCUCCCUGGUGUUGCUGGGAUAGGUGGGAAUAGCUUCCAAAAGUGAAGGAAAACCAAAGCCAACCUUUGUUAGGAUUGAGGCGGUGACUGAAAAAGAAAGCAGUGAAGGCACAUUCAUUCUGAAGGAACAAGUCGAUUUUUAACAGGAUCAAGUCUGAAUUAAAUGGCUGAUAAACAGAUCAGUUUACCUGCCAAGCUGAUCAAUGGAGGGAUAGCUGGGCUCAUCGGGGUCACCUGUGUGUUUCCCAUUGAUUUGGCAAAAACGCGCCUACAGAACCAGCAGAAUGGCCAGCGGAUGUACACCAGCAUGUCUGACUGUCUCAUUAAGACAAUCCGGUCAGAAGGUUACUUCGGCAUGUAUAGAGGGGCUGCGGUGAACCUGACUCUAGUGACGCCAGAAAAGGCCAUCAAGCUAGCGGCCAAUGACUUCUUCCGACACCAUCUCUCCAAAGAUGGGAAGAAGCUGACACUACUGAAGGAGAUGCUGGCUGGCUGCGGGGCAGGCACCUGCCAGGUGAUUGUCACCACUCCCAUGGAGAUGCUCAAAAUCCAGCUACAGGAUGCAGGCCGAAUUGCUGCUCAGAAGAAGCUAAUGGCACCACAGGCCCAGAUAUCUUCUUCCACUGGGGCAGCAGAGUCUGUUGUUGAGAGACGGACCACAGCAACCCAAAUCACCCGGGAGCUACUUCGAAGCAAAGGCAUUGCAGGACUUUACAAGGGCCUUGGGGCCACGCUGCUAAGAGAUGUCCCAUUCUCCAUUGUUUACUUUCCACUGUUUGCAAACCUGAACAAGCUGGGCCAGAAGACCCCAGACAUCAAGGCUCCAUUCUACGUGUCCUUUCUUUCUGGCUGCCUAGCAGGCAGCACAGCAGCAGUGGCUGUCAACCCUUGUGAUGUAAUCAAGACAAGACUGCAGUCCUUGCAGAGAGGAGUCAAUGAGGACACAUACUCAGGAAUCCUAGACUGUGCUAGGAAAAUCUGGCAGAAGGAGGGCCCCAUGGCCUUCCUGAAGGGGGCGUACUGCAGAGCGCUGGUCAUUGCCCCGCUCUUCGGCAUUGCACAAGUCGUCUACUUCAUUGGGAUCGCAGAAUUCCUCCUGGACCUGUUCCCGAAGCGCCGGAACUAAUCAUUGCGCGCCCUCCUCCAGUGAGCAUUCAUCCCUGUGUUCGUCGUCAUAUUGAUGGUGUCAGAGCAACAGCACAAAGGGUUAGAGCAGAAAACGCCAAGGGUGAACAUUUUCUCCACACACAAAUUCCUUCUGCCUCUCAAUACAGGGCCUCCCCUCCACUCCUUCUAAGGACAGUACCAAGUUAUAUGCAUAUCUAUUAUUAUUUUUAUUGUCAUUCUUAAAGACUGGUUAGCACAGCCUGCUGAUUGGGGUCUUCUCCCAGGAACAGGGGCAAAGGAACUGCCAUGCCAUGCCGGAAUAGCCAGCAAGUUGAGGAGGAGCACAGGAAGAACUCUAUUUGUUCCCUCAGCCUCUUUCCUGGUGUGGGAAGCCUCUGGGUGAGACCAGGCCUCCUCAGGCCAUGUAAAGGGAGGCCCAUUAUUGUUGAUGGAGAUGGAUCAAUGCUGGAAUCAAAGUUUCUUGUUCUGAAACCCCUUUAAAAUGAACUGGACUUUGAUGAACUUCUUUGAGAUCAAAAGAGGGGAAAGGAUUUAAUUAUGUUGGGGUCUUUUUGUUUUGUUUUGUUUUUUUUAAUCAAAGGGACUUUCUCCCUAAAUAGGGGCCGUGGAGCACAUUUGGGUGAGAUGUACGCUACAGUUACUUGUGACCUGUAUGCUCUGUGAAGAGUAUGUCAAUGGGAUCAUGUUGUUGUCUUCAGGCACAUCAGUGCUUAGGGACAGGUGGGAGAAGGGAGAACUUUGUGACUUGGGAUCAACUUUUUAUUUAUGCAGGAAAGAAGAAAUCAAUUACAUUCCUUAAGUCAGCCUGGGUCCAAUGUGUCAAGCUGUUGCUAUACCCAGCAUACUGGCUGUCUGUGUCUUUCAGCCUGCCUCUCACAUGCAUGUUCUACACUUGCAUGUCCACGGCCACAAAGGAUUGCUUAGAAGUUGGUCUCUGGGUUAGGCCUCUUUUGUUGAAGAUCAUGGUGGACCAUAUCUAAGGCUGGCCUUGGUUGUUGUAGCCCCUUUCAGGUCUGUUAGCUCUGAAGUCAGCGGAACUCUUGUGACAUGCUGGCAGGGAUCUGGCCCAGCAUUCAUGUCUCCUCUUAUCCAGACCAAAAUUGGGUUGUGGGAAAGAAAAUGAGACCAGAGUCGACUUUAAAUCCCCCUGAGGGCCUAAUCCCAAUUGCUGUAAACCUUGCCUCAAGGGCCAGAUCUAGUAUUACUUCAAUGUUUUCCCGGAGGGGUCAGAGAAAAUAGAUCCUGAGAGGCAAGUUGACUCUAACCAAGCCCAAGGCCUGUAUGCAUCUGGUUGCAGAAUUGAGACCUAGAUCCCAGAAUCUUGACCUUUUGUUCACUUUUGGGGGUAGUGAGUAGACACGCACAACUAAUUCUGUUAAAGGGACACUGUUCAGGUAAAAUCAUGUGUUAGCAGACCAAAAUUUUUCUUACCUAUGUUCCACUUUGGCUUAUUUUGUAUGGAAGAACUAAAAAUCUGCUGUGUUCUUCCCUGUUGUUGGUAUUUAUUCUAUUUGUUGCACUUCACUUGGAUCCAGUAUUUAUAUUCACCUUGGCCAUUGCACUUCUUGCUUUAUAAUCUGCUUUACUUUCUGCUUCUCCAAGUGUUGUUUGUUUCAGACACCAUUGGGGCAUAUUUAAAUUAAAUUAAAAAGCACAGUUUCCACUUACAAAUCUGUUUCUGUUUCAACAUGUUAGCUUCCUGACUGUGUCCCUUUACCUUAGAAAAGGUUGUUAUACAAAGUUCCUUGUUUAUCUGUCACUCUGCUGCUGUGAAUUGAUUUUUGUUUUUAAUAACUCUAUCCUGUACCUGGAAAGGAAUCUGUGCAUUGAAGAUUUUCUCUUCAUGACAGAUUUCUAUGAUCAGUUCAGUGCUGUGACACUUGUCACUCUGGAUUCCUCUAGCUGGAUUAAAAAAAAAAUUUUAAGGUGA